CCCUGCAAAUGUGACAACCAGACUUCUCUUACGACUGCAGCGAGAACAGAAGUCACCUUGACUAGCGAUUAUGGACACCAAAUCUGUACUCGCACUAGCGGAGCAACUCGAGGACAACAUUGAGGACCUCGAGGAUAGCCUCGGAGCAAUACUCGAAACAGACGGUGCUUUUGCAGCGACUACCAAGAAGCUUCCUCUUCUUGAAAGAGCCAAACUCAAUGUCUUGGUGGUCUAUGCUAUCGAGUCAUUGCUCUUCUCGUACCUCAAACUUCACGGAGUUGACGCCAAAGAGCAUGCUGUGUUUCGAGAACUGACCCGGGUCAAACAAUAUUUCGAGAAGAUCAAGACUGCCGACGCGGACCCCACCACCUCGCACCCGACGGUGACGUUGAACAAGGAGGCGGCUGGUAGAGUGAUCAAACAUGCAUUGGCCGGAAACACCAAGUACGACCUCAAGCGUGCCGAACGCGAAGCCCGCGAGAAGGUCCGCGCAAAUAAGAAGCUGACUACCUUGGAAUCGAGCAUGCAAGAGAAGGCCAAGGGAAGGUUCCAGAAUGAGCAAGCAGAGGACGAAGAGGCAGAUGCACUCCAACUAGCCGCUCAGCUUGCUUCAGUACCGCAGCCAGAGUCACCAGAAGGCUCAUCGGCUUCGCAGAACGACAGCGAGGGUGAUGACGACGAUGAAGGAAUACUUCGCACUCCGGACGUGGAAGACGAACCAACGGUGACUGUACCUGAAGUCUCGUUGGAGCCGACGACGUCACAAAAGCAAUCUCCACCUCAACAGCGAGGCAAAAAGAGAAAAUCACAACAGUCAGAGGAACAACAACCGGUCAAAAAAUCUCAAAAAGCAGACAAAAAGGCUCGGAAGAAAGAACGUCCUGCCCGCAAGGCAAAGACGGAGGCUCAGAAGCAGGCCAAGAAGGACAAAAAGAAGGCUGCUGGAGGCAGCGGUUGAGCUUGCAACGGCUUGCAUGAUAAGCCUCAAGCUUGACCUCGUUUCUACCAUCCGACAUCCUGGCGACAUCUCGAAUUUUCACCCCGCGUGGUACCGGACCGCUUGGAGUGCGCCAGAGCUGGUGCUGAUAACGGAAGAGCUCUGCAACCCUUGUUUUGACUAUCAACACCACAAGCUGAUGGCUUGAAUCCCCCAGAUUAAGGACGCAGCGUGAUGAAUCCAGAUCGAAGAGCUGUGGGGCUUAUCAAGCUGUCACUACAUUGUCUCCGUCAGCAGGAUCCCUUCGUGCCUGGUGGCCACGCCAGUCAUGGUUGAAUCUUGCAAGUGUUUACUCUAUGUUGAUAGAGCAAGCACAUAUCUCGAGAUUCAACAUUGGCUGCAAAGGUACCCUGGCUAGUGGUCCCUCUGCAAGGGAAGGAAGUUUGGAGUGCCAUGCGAGAAUCGUGCGAGAUGCUGAGACUUGUGGACAUCGGCCCUAGGACGCUCUCCUAAGUGGCUUUUCUAACCUGGAAUCUUGCCUGCAAUCGCAAAAAGUCACCACAGCAGAGAGUCCACAACUGGUGGGUUGGUAGAGUAUCAUAAAGGUCUGACUUGACCUAGGUAUCGACUGAGACCGAAGUGAACUGCAAGAAGGGGCAAUGUGUCAUAGUUGUGUUGAGGCCGAGACAAUCUUCUAUCUCUGUCGACAGUUUGUUCUCUAGCCAAUGCUCUGGCCAUGGUUGUGAUUGAUAGUCCUCCCGAGCCGUGUCUCUGCUGGAACAUCAGCUCACACUUUGGUGGUGCGCCAACCCAGCCUGUCACAGAGCUCCUCGGCGGCUCAGCGGGUCCAAAAGGUCGUGCUUACUCCCCCUGGACAUCGUUGCAACGUCCCUUCGCAAAAAAUGAAGUCGUUCUUUUGCGCGAAGUAUUGAUAGUAAAAUCAGUCAACUUGUUUGGGCGAUGAAGUCUGCCAAGAUGAGUAAAAACUGCUCGCGGCUCACCCGCUUUGGGGAUCAGGGUGAUGCU